UAUAAAUACCAAAAGGUUCUUCGUAUUCCUCAUUAGAGUUUCGGUUUUACUGCUGUGAACAAGCAACUCAACGGACAAGAUGAAACUCUUCCUGGUCGCUUUCGCCGUGAUCGCAGCCGUGGCUGCUGAUGUCAGCCACCUGCCCUCCAACGAGUACCUGCCCCCCGUCGUCCAGGAGGCGCAGAUCGCCGUUGCCCCCAGCAACGAGUACCUGCCCCCUGUCCAGGCUGAGGUUGCCCCUGCCCAUGAGCUGGCCGAUGAUGGUUACCGUUACAAGACUCACAAGCGCGUGGUGCUCCGUCGCCACCGCCGCGAUGUCAACGAGCUGCCCUCCAACGAGUACCUGCCCCCAGUUGCUCCUUCCAACGAGUACUUGGCUCCUGUUGAGGCUGCUCCUGAGACCAUCUUGGCCGAUGAUGGCUACCGUUACAAGACCCACAAGCGCGUGGUUGUCCGUCGCCACCGUCGUGAUGUGAACGAGCUCUCCAACGAGUACCUGCCCCCCUUCCAGGCUGCCGCUCCUUCCAACGAGUACCUGCCCCCUACCGAGGAGGUUGUUGCUGCUCCUGAGACCAUCUUGGCUGAUGAUGGCUACCGUUACAAGACCCACAAGCGCGUGGUUGUCCGCCGCCACCGCCGCGAUGUCAACGAGCUGCCCUCCAACGAGUACCUGCCCCCAGUUGCUCCUUCCAACGAGUACUUGGCUCCUGUUGAGGCUGCUCCCGAGACCAUCUUGGCCGAUGAUGGCUACCGUUACAAGACCCACAAGCGCGUGGUUGUCCGUCGCCACCGUCGUGAUGUGAGCCAUCUGCCUUCCAACGAGUACCUGCCCCCCGUCCAGGCUGCUGCUCCCUCCAACGAGUACCUGCCCCCAGUCCAGGUUGCUGCCCCGGCUCCAGUCCAGAUUGCCGCCCCUGCUCCUGUUCAGUACUCUGCCCCAGCUCCCGCUCCAGUUCAGGUUGCCGCUCCAGUCCAGAUUGCUGCCCCUGCUCCCGCUCCAGUUGCCAUCCAGGUUGCUGCCCCCGCCCCCGCUCCCGUUGAGGUUGAGGCUGCUCCCGCCCAUGAGCUGGCUGCUGAUGGAUACCGCUACAAGACCCACCGUCGCGUUGUCUACCGUCGCCACCGUCGUGAUGUGAACGAGCUGCCCUCCAACGAGUACCUGCCCCCAGUGUCCGCUCCUUCCAACGAAUACUUGGCUCCCGUUGAGGUCGCUCCCGAGACCGUCCUGGCUGAUGAUGGCUACCGUUACAAGACCCACAAGCGCGUGGUUGUCCGCCGCCACCGUCGCGAUGUGAACGAGCUGCCCUCCAACGAGUACCUGCCCCCAGUUGCUCCUUCCAACGAAUACUUGGCUCCUGUUGAGGCUGCUCCUGAGACCAUCUUGGCUGAUGAUGGCUACCGUUACAAGACCCACAAGCGCGUGGUUGUCCGUCGCCACCGUCGUGAUGUCAACGAGCUCCCCUCCAACGAGUACCUGCCUCCAGUGGAUGCUCCUUCCAACGAGUACCUGGCCCCCGUGGAGAACACCGUCGAGGUGGCUCCCGCCCAUGUCCUGGCCGAUGAUGGCUACCGUUACAAGACCCACAAGCGCGUGGUUGUCCGUCGCCACUAAACAAUGCGAUUACGGCUUCACUAGGUGAUCGAUUUGUGCUCAUUUUGGAGUGCAGACUUUACUAUUAGCAUACCUUUUCAUUCAGAAAAUUACAAUAAUACGAUAACGAAUCCAUAAA